AAGGCAAAUCUCAGUGGAAAAUGAAGACAGUGAUACUACACAAGCUUGCUGACAACGUGACCAGUGAGAGAAACCAGUUACAGACCAGUUUCGACAACCUGAAAACUGAACAGAGCCAAUUACAGACCCGUUACGACAACCUGAAAACUGAACAGAGCCAAUUACAGACCCGUUACAACAACCUGGUUGAAGAGAAAGAACAGCUCCAGAAAAGAUUUGACAACCUGACCACAAACAGUGACAAUCUUCAGAGAAAGCUUCAAGCUUAUCAACAAAACUGGGCGGCAUUCAAUGGUAGUUUGUUUCAAGUUUCUUCAGAGAAGAAAUCCUGGCAACAAAGCAGACAAGACUGUCUUCAAAAAGGUGCAGACCUGAUGAUUAUUAACAGCCGAGGGGAACAGAACUUUGUGAACCAGCUCAAGAUGCGUUUGUGGAUUGGACUGACUGACUCAGAGACAGAGGGGACAUGGAAAUGGGUGGAUGGGACUCGCAUGACCACAAGCUACUGGAAUAGUGGGGAACCAAAUGGUGGCAGAAAUGAAAACUGUGGAGAGAUUAAAACUUACGACUCAGAAAAAAGCUGGAACGAUGAAUCAUGUUCCAAUGAAAAAUUCUGGAUAUGUGAGAAGAGAGUUUCUCCAUAA